AUGGUAUACAAUUCAUUGACGGAAGCUCCUCACAACCUCAAGGAAGGUAUUGAUUGGUUGAUUGCCGUGAAGGGGACGGCUGCUAAAAGUAACUUGGCUGCUAUGGGUGCUGCAGUUCACAAGUUUCUUGUGGACAAGCCUGUCGGGCACACGGUUGUUCCAGCGCUAGAAGUUGUUAAACUUAAUGUGAAAGAUUUCAUGGAUCAAAAUGAGCUAAAGAACAUGCCGUACGUAAAGGAGCUACGGAGUCGGUACAGCAGCCCUGUAAGAAAGUAUGGGACACCUUUUUUCAUCCACAGAGCAGACGAAAGUAUAUAUAAAAACAUCGUGAAAACUAGAAAAAUGAGGCCUGACAUAAUCACAAAUAAAGUAACUGAUGUUGUGUAUGGUUGUGAGAAGUUCUUGAACACUAUCAAGGUCGAUAACAAGUAUGAGUCUGCCUACAGUUCUGAAGCUACGUGGGAAAAAUCAUGUUCCGAAAAGCCGGAAGACUGCGCAGCGGUCUUCGUGGGUAUUGCGCCUAUGUUAUGCGCAGGUCUGCGUUCUUUGAGAAUUGCAAGUGACAGCGGUUCCUUGAGCUGUUUGGGUAAGAGCAAGACAAAUGUUGGGAAUAUAUUGUCCGCGUUGGGUUACAAUGACCCGAAAUGCAUUUAUAAUAGUAAUGCUUCAUAUGUUUACAACGCGUUGAAAAAUCUGAGGCUCCGAAUGUUUCUUACACUCUACGACCUCUCUGGCUUCUGGGCAUUCUACGGGUCUAAUAAAAUAGAGGCUGUCAGAGAGAAACCCGUAGACCCUGUCAUCCCCGAAGCUGAGCCAUCCGUUGACGGCGAAGGCGAGCAGUCCGUGAUCCCCGAAGCUGAGCCAUCCGUUGACGGUGAAGGUGAGCAGUCCGUGAUCCCCGAGGUCGAACCGUCCGUUGACGGUGAAGGUGAGCAGUCCGUGAUCCCCGAGGUCGAACCGUCCGUCGAGCCUGUGCAACCUGAAGUAGAUGACGUUGAACAACCUGUUAAGGUUGCAAAAGCUGCCGAUGUGGUAAAGUCUGCGAAAAAAGCUGCAAGGAAGGUUUCCAAGAAGGCCCUCCAGAAUGAAGAGAAGCAGCAGCGUGCAUUCUCUACGCAGUGA